CCGGCCCGACGGCGUGAGCCCCGCGAGCCCGCGAGCCGUGAGUUCGGGUCCCGCUCCGGCCCUGCCCCGCUCCCUGCCCCGCGCGCCUCUCCCGCCCCGGGGCCGCCGCGGGCUGCUCCCCCCGCUUCUCCCGGCACGGCCCCGCCGUCUGAGCAUUCAGAGGGAGGUUCAGGUCGGAUACGAGGGAAAGCUCCUGUAUGGAAAGGACUGCACUGGUCAGAGCCAACAUGUCUCGAGAGACUGGAAGUGAAGCACAGCAGUCUCAGAGUGCCCAGCAGCCACAGAGUGGUACCAGUUCUUCCAGUGGCUCACAGAGCACUAGUCAGUCUUCCUUAAGUUCUGGGACUCUCAGUUCCUUGGACACUGUUCCCACUCAGGAGCUGCCGUCCAUCCCUGAGGACCAGGAAUCUGAAGAGCUGGUUCCUCAGCCUUGGGGUCGACUCUUUGCACUUGGAAAAGGUUUCAGCAACUGUGACUGUGUGAAUGAUGAGUACUGGUUUGGGAGGGACAAAAGCUGUGAUUACAGUUUUUCCAAGCUGGGAUUGUCUGAGACUGGCUUCUACCAAAACUAUAGCAAGAAGCACUUCCGAAUUUUCAGGGAAAUGGGUCCAAGAAAUUCCUAUGUUGCCUACAUUGAAGACCAUAGUGCAAAUGGGACAUUUGUUAAUAGAGAGCUCGUUGGAAGAGGGAGGAGGCUUCCACUGACACACAACUCUGAAAUUGCACUGUCUGUACAGACCAAUAAGGUGUUUGUAUUUUCUGAUCUUAUGGUGGAUGAUCAGAUGAUGUUUCCUAAAGAACUCAGAGAAAAAUAUAUUAUGUCAAAGACUUUGGGAAGUGGUGCCUGUGGAGAAGUCAAACUGGCAUUUGAGAAGAGCACCUGUAACAAAGUUGCAGUGAAAAUCAUCAAUAAACGGAAGUUUGUGGCAAGUGGCCUGGGUGAAGAAAACCCAGGUUUAAAUAUCAAUACAGAAAUUGAGAUUUUGAAGAAAAUAGAUCAUCCUUGCUUAAUUAAGAUUAAAAACUUCUUUGAAGCAGAGGAUUACUACAUUGUUUUGGAACUGAUGGAAGGAGGAGAAUUGUAUGACAGAGUGUCAAGGCCAAUCAAGAUGAAAGAAGAUAUCUGCAAGUUGUACUUUUAUCAGAUGCUGCUGGCAGUAAAGUAUCUUCAUGACAAUGGAAUUAUACACCGAGACCUAAAGCCAGAAAAUGUGCUACUCUCAUCUUCUGAAGAGAUAUGUCUUGUAAAGAUUACAGAUUUUGGACAAUCCAAGAUUCUUGGAGAAGCUUCUCUUAUGAAAACAUUAUGUGGUACUCCCAUGUAUCUUGCUCCUGAGGUUCUAAAUUCACUUGGGACUGCUGGAUACAGCCGAGCUGUGGACUGCUGGAGUUUAGGAGUUAUUCUUUUUGUAUGCUUGUGUGGAUAUCCACCAUUCAAUGAGCAAAAUACUCAGCUCUCUCUGAAGGAUCAAAUCACUUGUGGAAAAUACACAUUCAUUGCUAAAGAGUGGAAGCAUGUGUCAGACAUGGCUCUGGAUCUUGUGAAGAAGCUGUUAGUGGUGGAUCCAAGCAAACGUCUUACCACAGAGGAGGCCUUAGAGCAUCCUUGGCUGCAGGAUGAGGAUAUGAAAACUACAUUUGAACAGCUACUUGCUCAGACACGUACCAAUAUGAACCCACCAGAAACAUCAAAAAUGCCAACCACAACGAGAAAACGUCCCCAUGAAAAUGAGGAAGACAAUGGCUCUGCUAAACGUGCUGUUCCUUCUACCUCCUAUCAGACAAUGAGGUGAAAAGGAAGAGAAAAUGACUUUGUUAAUGACAGCUUUUUUAUGGAGAGCAGAAUUUUUUAUUAAGAAAAAUCUUAAUAAUGGAAUAAACUACUGAAGAUGUAUAAUUUUCAAAUAAAAAUAACUUUGUAAGACUGAAGUGACUGCUGUAAAUGCCUGAGAAUCUACACAAUUAGUCAUGUUCUAGUCCAUCCAGCUGUCUGACUCAAGGAAAAUAUCAGAAAAACUCCUGAACUAAGUUACUAACACUUUUUUAGGCUAGCUCUAUCCCCAGCUACAUUCUCUGUUUCUUCUUUUCCAAUUUCUAGGUUAGGCAUGGAAAUAAGGCUUAGUCCUAAGAGAUGAAGAAGGAAUACUAAACUUGCUGAGCUUUUGCCUGAGACACAGCAUUACCUGACACAGUGCUGCCCACAGACUCCUGAGGACACUUAGACUGUUCAGUUCAGAUGUAAAACUUCUGAUGGACCUUGAGGUGCUUCAGGUAAAGCUCCACAGUAAAUGCUGGACUGGCAGAAUCACAGCAUUGUGGGCUGGGGCUGAUUGGCUUCCAAAGCAACAAUUACCAUCUGCAUGGUGUUUUAACAUGUGUGUACCAUGUUUAUUUCCCAGAGGAGGGAUGAGUAAGAGGAAACGUGAUAACAAGAGAUGAAAUGAAGAUGUAUAAAUUCCUGUCAGGGAAGAACUAGGAAUUGAACUGAGAGAGGAAAAACUUGCUUGCCUGUUUGGUGAAAAUUUUGAACUGUAUGCCUCUUAUUAAAGGAUUACUGAUUAUUAUCAUUACUGAUUGAUAAUAAUCAAUUAGUAACUGUUCUCCAACAUGCAUCUUCUGGUUAAUGGCAUCUACUCUAAGAUUGUUGAUUUGUAAAGAAUAAAACCUAAUGCACUAUGGAAUAAACCAGUGUCAGGUAGGAA